UCCUUCCCUGCUCUCACUCCCACCUCCUCUACCUCCCUCCACUGGACUCAAAUGCUAGUAACACCGGUAACGUUAGGUUAACUACUGUCGGUCUGUCAGCCAAAGAUACAGAGUGUAAAGGCUUUGAUUUCCUACUACUACAACCACACCGGGAGAGAACGGAAACGGCUCUAUGUGUGAUAUUCCCCUACUUGAAAUAACAACAACUGUAAGCGAGAGAAGUGGACAAAACACAAUCAGGCUACAUAAUCCCGCUUGGACAACAACACGCUGGUGUAAUAAACCGACCCCUGAGUGACUAGCUAACAGACAGAUUGACACUUUGACCAGACAGGGCUUUAGAUAAAUGGCUGACAAGCAGAUCAGUUUGCCUGCCAAAUUGAUCAAUGGGGGGAUCGCUGGCCUAAUUGGAGUGACCUGUGUAUUUCCCAUUGACCUGGCCAAAACUCGCUUGCAAAACCAGCAAAAUGGAUGUCGCCUUUACACCAGCAUGUCAGAUUGCCUUAUUAAGACCAUCCGGUCAGAGGGGUAUUUUGGGAUGUACCGAGGAGCGGCGGUGAACUUAACACUAGUCACGCCAGAGAAAGCCAUCAAAUUGGCUGCCAACGACUUCUUCAGGCAUCACCUCUCCAAGGAUGGAAAACUCACUCUGCUCAAAGAGAUGCUGGCUGGGUGCGGGGCAGGUACAUGCCAGGUUAUUGUUACAACUCCUAUGGAGAUGCUGAAAAUCCAGCUCCAAGAUGCUGGACGAAUUGCGGCUCAGAGGAAGCUGAUGCCAGAGAUGGUGGCAGCAGGGACUGUGGAGACCAAGUCCCCAACAGCCAUGCAGCUCACCAGAGAAUUAUUUAGGGAAAAGGGCAUUGCUGGGCUGUAUAAGGGCCUUGGUGCCACAUUGCUCAGGGAUGUUCCUUUCUCCAUCAUCUAUUUCCCCCUUUUUGCCAACCUGAACAAUCUGGGUAAAAGAGGCGUAGAUGGGCCUGCUCCUUUCUACGUGUCGUUUAUAUCAGGCUGCCUUGCGGGAAGCACAGCGGCUGUUGCUGUCAACCCUGUCGAUGUGAUAAAGACUAGACUUCAGUCGCUGAACCGAGGGAGCACAGAAGACACGUACAGUGGAGUGACUGACUGUAUCAGGAAAAUCAUGCGUAACGAGGGUCCAUCGGCUUUCCUGAAGGGAGCCUACUGUCGAGCCUUGGUCAUUGCACCUCUGUUUGGCAUCGCCCAGGUGAUCUACUUCCUGGGUGUGGCUGAAUAUCUCCUUAGCUUCUUGCCUAAAAAAGACAACUAAGAAGCACAUACUUUCUGCCUUUCCCUCCCACAAGGCAGCAUACCAAUUGCGUGAGGAUUCAUCUCAUUCUAAAAGAAAUAUUCAAUGGGUCAGAGCAUGACCGAUCAUUACAUUUUGUUUUUUAAUUUGUGUUGAAUGUGAAAAAAGUUUAGGAGGGAGCCUUUGUUUGCCAAGCUGCCUAUGGUGGCACACAACAAUCCAGUAGGCAUGCUGAGCUAGCUCUCUGGAAAUGAAGCCGCAAAUAUCAAUCAAAGUUUUAAAGGAAUAUUGCUUUAUAAUUACAGCAUUUUAAUGCAUUUUUUAAUAUGAUUGUCGAAUUUUCAAAGUAGAUGUACUGCCCUUGGUUGCUGCACUUCUGCAAGCCCUACACUAUACUAAUUUUCAACACCAUUAGUCUCUGAAUGACAGCGACUAAGUAAUCUAUCGAAAAUGACACACCAUAACUAGCUAAAUUAAAUGCACAUACUUUACUUAGAAAGAUAUUUGAGAACAUUUGAAGAAGAGGAUAUUUACUAAAAUGCUAUUCAAAGAAUUCCCCCAGACCGUAUGUCUUAAAAGAUAGUAUAUUUAGAAAUAGAGCAAAAUAUACAGUAUGCCUCUGUUUCAGACAAAGACCCAGGGAAUGUGUUGAUGUGAUACCAGCGCACUCCCUAUGAUCUUUCCUGAGAAGCCACAUCCCUUCCUGUAAGUGGUUGUAAUGAACUCAGCCAUUCGGCUCCGAGCAGACUUUGAUUGCCUUGGCUUUUUAAGUAGAUCGGGUUCCAUCUGAUAUUUAGUGCUACCACAAUGGUUCGACUGUUUUGCCUCAGCGAUAAAGAUAUCUCCUGUUUCACAGUUACACUCUAGACCGAAGAGACAGUGUGCAACAUUUGGGCAUUAUGCACGACCAAUCUACAUGUACACAUUUUUUUAAAACUGCCUCUAUGCUCCUUUCUAUGGGUCGAAACUGUCAAGCAUGUUGUAGUUGUGGCCACACCCCAAUCAGUGAUGUCACAGCAGCGGUUUUGCCUUGGAGGGAUGAUGGAAAACACCUGCUGUGACAUCACUGAUUGGAUUGUGGCCAAAAGUGCUGUGCGCUUUAAAUUUUUUCAGUCCACAGAGAGCAGAGCGGCAGUGGUUUUCUGCCCUGUGGGAUUCAUUGUGAUUUCAGAUGAAAGCUUUAGCCGUGAACACUAAAUGGGUUGAAAGCAAUUUGAAUAGAAUGCCAGAUUAUUAGUAGAUAUUUAGUAAUUAUGCUGACAAAUGGUCAGACACCGCAUGCUGAGGCCUCAUGAGUACAGUCAUCCAUUGUGGAGCCAUUAAGACCAUAGCUGGAGUAGUGCAAACCCCUUAGAUCCCGACAUAAUUAUUAUUGUUUACAGAUGAGUUACACACUUAAUUUAAAUUCUUUGUCCAAACUUGAAUUCAGUGGCAGGACCCAAAGAGCUAGUGAUAAACCUUUCUUUAUCAGAAAAUGAAACCAAUGUGUUUUCAGUGUUCUAUGAUUUUUACCAAACAUCUCGGCUUGUUUGCUUUAGAGGUUUUGUUUGCUUUAAGCUGCUAGGGAAAGCAGCCCCGUCGUAUCUUGUUUAUGCAUCACACCACUGAAGCCCCGCCAUUGGUUUAUCUCGCCGGAGAUCAAGGUGACUUUGAUGUGUAUAAUCCAAUCACAUUCCUUCUUUGCUCCCACUGUUCAAGCAGCUUGUCAAUUGUACUGUUGCACUGUAGAUACGCAAUGCAACUUUUCAAUGUAUUAUCAUUUGUGGGAGUGAGAUCUAUUUAUCGAUAAUCCUUAUAGGCAGUAUAGCAUUAUAUAUUUGUAUGUGUUGUUUUUUCUGUGUCAAAGUUUCCACCUUAACUAUAUUGUACAUAUGCAGAUGAUAUGAACUUUAUGUUUUAGGAUUUAUUGUUUGUUUUCUAAUUUGUGAUGGCUUAUUUGCACACCUACCUCUCCAGCUCCCCCCUCAAUCCAUAUUGUGGUGAUUUUAUGUUAUGAUGGUGUGGACAUAUCAAAUGAAGGACCAUGUUUUGAUGCAACAAGCAUCAGUUGAACUUAAAUGCAGCAUAUUGGUGGUGGUUUUUUACUGUAUGCAAAGGGGAACACUAGUGUAGAUCUACAGUCGGAUGGCUUUUUUGGAGGUGCCAUUUCUCCUGAGCCCUUUGUUAAGUUGGGUCAACCUAACCUAUGUCCUGUUUCUACAGUUUUAUCACCCAGGACCAAACAGAGCAUUAUAUAAUGAUGGUAUAAAUGAUGUUAGUUUUAAGUGAAUGACCUCUGGCACUACUAAAACAGUUCUGAAAGUGAAAUACAGCCUGGGCAAGGCCAAUAAGGGCCUGCUGACAUCAGACUGUAAAUCUAACAUCUGUCUUCUUGAAUGGUGCUUCAUUCAUGAGGUAGCUGCAAUAUGACAUUGAUGGCACUAAUGACCAAGGCUGUGCCUACUGAAUCACAUGCUAGUGAAUCUCAGCUUUGUCAAUGUGUUAACUGAAAGCCAUAGGUCAGGGAGGGACAACAGAACUGCUAGACAUGGACUGGCACCUCCAGCCAUGUUGACAGAUGUCAGCUGAGCCACAGGAAAACGGCGAAAAGUUGACUCGUAUGAGCUAGUCUUUAUAAAUUACUGUUGUAGUUUUUCAACAUUCCGAUUGCCAGUUCAUCUCAUAUAUGCUGUUAUUGUGAUCAUAAUGCCUAUAUUUGUGUCGUUGAGAUUAUUGUUAUGAUUUUUUAACCUCCCCACCCACCUUCACCCUGCCCUCAUUGUUUUCAGAUUUUCUUUAAAUCUGUUUCUUUUUUGAAUCUUGAAAAUGUUGUGCAAGUCAUUUUGUUUUACUGAGCUGUGAAUUUUCACUGACCUUGUGCAUUUGGUUAUGUAUGUGCGUGCGUGUGUGUGUCUGUCUGAUUGUGUAGUGCUGUAGUUGAUGUGUAGUUGUUAGUGUGACACUGCAGUAUUUUUCUCUUUGAUUGUCAGACCCAUGCUCUCUCCCCUCUUUCCUUCUAUCCGUCACACUCCUCUGUCAUCUACUCUCCCCAGCAUCCACAGCUGGGGCAGCAGGUAAAUGCUGAGGAGCUCUAAAACACCAAAUGUAUAACUUAGAGUGUAUACAAUCAAAGAAAGCACAAAGGAUUAUUAGGCACAAGAGACCACAUGGCCAACUUUGAAUAUACUCAGACAAAGUCCUUGGAAAUCCAUGUGCUGCUUUUGCAGGAAUGGAUUAGAGUCUGAUUUAUUGCAGUAGAGAUGUCAGUUGAGAUGAACUUUUCAGUCUUCUAAGUUUAUCUGUCUGUAAAACUUGAUCCAUAGGGCUGAGGCGACUUAUUAUAAGAGAGGUGUCCACUAUGUCACCAAUCAGCAGUUAUCCACAAAAUGUAUAUCGCCUACAUAUUCUAAAUGAAUCAAAUAUAAGAAUGUAUCUUAGAUAUUAUGAGAUGUAUUAUAAUUAUAGUGAAGAGUUUAUUACAUUUUAAUCUAAAGAUUUGUGCUUUACACAUUCACUGAAAAAAUUCAUGAACCAGCUCACUGAUAUGCAAUAAGUAGAAGCCACACAUAGACACACACUAGAAGAAAAAAACACAACGUAUAAUGCAAGCGGGGACCUUCUGGGGUCUCUUCACAGCCGCUGUUGUCUUCCUCCAAGAGGAAUUGUGCAUUAUAGCACUUUUAAACAAGGACCCUCACCCCACUGUCCAUCUACAAAGUCUCUCUCUCUCCGUGGCAGAGAGGGUGAUCAGUGAUCACUAUGAAUAUGUGUGGUGAAUGACACAGUUUGUCCUAGAAAUGUAUGACAAUGCAAUUGAAAAAAACAAACAAAAUAUUCCCUGUCACAAUUUGCUGUUCAAUAAACUGA